AUGCAUCUUGCCACGAUGAUCCGCGCGGGCUGCUUGGCGGCCUGCGCUGCCGUGGCGAGCGGGCUCGCGAUGCAGCGUCGUUCAGCCCAUUCGGUCUUCUUUCUGGGAUCUUCUGUGGACAGGUACGCAGUGGCGGAUUUCUGUAAAACCGACGGUAAGAAAUUUUACAGAUUGAGUUGCGUGAGCGAGGAACGGGAUCUCGCCGUGGGCUAUGCCGCUCACCCUGGAGUGGGCAUUCAUGGUGAUUUCCAGCCGCCUUUCUGGAACCACACCUAUCCCAUUGUAGAACAUAGCGACGUGUCCAGUAGCCAGGAACUGCGCAAAUCGAUCAUGGGCAUGAUGAACAUGAAGGGAGAGGAGUUCCCAGACAUGAUUGUGGUAGAAAGCUCCCUCUGGGAUCUUUUCACCUGGGCUUCGUGGGGCGUCAAGAACGUGACGAAAGAGCGUCUGCACCAGUGGGGUCGCCGUGAUUUGAAACAUCUUAUGGCUCGUGUGUCCGAGACGUUCCCUCAAAGCCGCAUCGUCUUCAGAAAUGCGCCUCGUGUUCACCAUUCAGUGUUUCUUGAGGUAAUUCUCAAGGAUGAGUUUCACAAAUCCACGACUGUAAGCUAUCCAGACGUCGCGGUGGUGUCUGUUAAGGCGAUGGAUUGGAUGAAACAUGAAGUGGAUCAGCAGAUGCAAAAUGGCAAGCUCUACGGCUUGUACGAGGUGGUGGACUAUUACAGGAUCAUGAACGAGCUUAUCGAAGAGCGCGGGUUCGUUCCGUCUUUGUGGAUGAAGGAUGGGACCCAUCCGAGCAUGGUGGCCUCCAGGCGCUACAUGAAUGCGAUACUCCAGCUCAUGCAGCUUCCAACGGUGAGCCAGGAGGACGCGGGGAGGCGGGAGAAGACACCAUUCGACGACGUUUCGGACGACAGUGUCUUGUUCCCGUGA